UCUCUCUCUCUCUCUCUCUCUCUCUCUCGUGUACCCGCCCUAUUUGUCUUCCACCGCCCCCAUCCACUGCAACAUUCAGGCAGGUUCACCUAAUGUGCUUGUGCAGGCUCGGUGACGCCGCUGCUGUAUUUGGAAAUACUCGGUGAAUCGGAAACGUUCAGCGUAUCAAUCAGCAGCCAAACAUCAAGCGACACUUCUAAAUCACAGAUCCUGUAGAACAACACGACAAACAUGGCAGAUCCAAUGACCCAGUCGUCUCAAAUUUCGUCGUCACAAGGCCUAAACGAUGGGCAUUCUGCAUCGUCCAAAGACUCCAAGUUUUCCGAUUCCUUUUUUUCUUCGCCUGUAUCUCUCAUUCAGUCUCCUCAAGACAAAAGAGUGGUACUGGGCUCUGACAAACCUUCAGAUAAUUUGGCGACAUCUCUUCGAUUUUCUUCUCAGUCAAGUUCCUUUUCACCAGUUGCUUAUGGAAUCGACUCCUCAGGAUCACCUGCUGACAACAUAGACCGUACCUUCAAAGAGAAACGGGAGCUUUUUGAUUCAUCUUUUGGCUCUCAAAAGCAGGACUCCCCUAUAAAGACAUCCCCAGUGUCUGAGAGAAUCAAAGCACUAGAAGCUUUAGCUGCAAAGCAGAAUGAUUUUGAUAGAAGUGAUGGGGGGGUUCCACAUUUUAAAGAGCGUCACUAUGAGAAGUCCCCAACUGAAUCACAUGGAAUUUCCUCCCGCUUGUCCUUUCAGAAAAGGACAACAUCAAAUGAGCAGGAAUCUUCAGAAUUCCCCAUUCAGAAAAGGAAAAUGUCAAAUGAGCAGGAAUCUCCAGAAUCGCCCUUUCAGAAAAGGACCAUGUCGAUUGAGAAGGAAUCUCCAGAAUCGCCCUUUCAGAAAAGGACCAUGUCGAAUGAGAAGGAAUCUCCAGAAUCGCCCUUUCAGAAAAGGACCAUGUCGAAUGAGAAGGAAUCUCCAGAAUCACCCUUUGAAGUGCUUGGAGAGGAAAGGCGUGGAAGUGACUUUGAGGACACUGCUGACUGGAUGAGAGCUCACUUACCUCCAGCACCAGAUUUCAACAUUGAAGAUAAUGAUCUUGAAGAGGGAAAUUAUUCUCCCAUGGCGCAAGAGAGCCCAUCCAAAGUGAUGAAACCAAACAAUGUUGAUACAGCAGAAGUUACAGAACCUUUUGCAAGAGUUCCUGAUCAGUUUAUGGACUGUCCCAUCAAAGUGCCAGAUGACAUCAAUCAGACAAAGGGUGAUGACAACAAGCAAUCAAAACAAGAGAGUGUUGAAGAAGAUUCUGAAUUUGACCUGAACUUUUUACCAACAGCCUAUAUGUGGGACAAACAAGAGAAAGCUGAUUUGGGCACUCAAGGCUAUCAGAUAUUCCCUGACAAUCAAGAGCUUCUUUCCUCCGCUGCUCCUCCUGCAGAUUUUGAGUCUCCAUCACCCACUGUGUCCCAACAGAUGGAGCCUAGUUCUACACAACAUUCCAAUAUUUCAAAGGGAAACUUGGAGCCUGCUGAAAUCCAAGAGGUAGACAGCUCUGGGGAGUCAGAUGAUACAGUGAUUGAGGAAACUAUGAGCAUCCCAACAGUGGGAAACAAUGACCUUUACACCAAAACCCACAAGGAAGAGGAGACUGUUCCAACCACUGAAAAACAGCCAAUUCAGGUACCUAUUAUUAAUGUAAUUGAAACCGAGGAACAAGUUUUAAGUGAUGAUGAGGAACCAUUUGAGGUGGAAGCGGAAGAGGAGGAGGAGGAUGAAAAGUGUCAGAUAUUGCAAGGUGACGGCAAAAGGUCACCAGAGCAACGUGACUCAGAGGUCCCAGAAAAAGUAUCUGUGGAAACUCUACAUGACGAGCAUAAACCUGACCAUGGCAUUUCCUCUCAUACAAAUCAAAACGACUCUGAUGCUGAGCACUAUCCUGAACACAAGGUGAUUGAAGAUGAUUAUGAAAGUGGCAUUUUUCUCCAGUCCUCUCCGGACUCUGGAGGCCUGAAUUCAGAGGACUCUCAAGAGCUUAUGUCUCAGAAUUUAGUGACCUUUGAACCUCUCAAAGAGUCAUCCCUUUAUAAAGACCUAGACAAGACCGCAGAAAUACUUUCUGACCUUCCCCCUGACAUCAGUUCCCUCUCAAAUGAGCCCAGUGAUGUAGAGACUUACCUGGAUCAUUACGCCAGUGAAGAGCUUGCUUUAAAAGACCAGCUGAAUUCAUCUUAUUUUAAGGAAAGUAAAGGUGAGAAAACAGAGUUUUCAAAGUCAAGCUGUCUUCAAGAUAAUCAAAAUACCAAUGUUCCGGAAUCAUUUGAGCAUAUUCCUGAUGAUUUCAAUGAGACACCCAACAAAUGCAGGCUAGACUAUGAAUCUGUGCCUGACCCUUCAUUUGAUAUUCCUGAUGAUAUUGAGACUAUAAUCCCUCAAAAUGAAAUGCCAAGUGUUGAUUCAGAAGAUCAAAAGUCAUCAGUAGAAAUCAAGGCUUCAAUCUUGCAGGAACAGGAGGAGUUGCCAGUCCAGUCCAUUGAUCAACAGCCACCAGUUCAAGAGAACCCACCUGCACCAUUUCCCUCUUUUCACAAUGAGCAGUCUAGCAAAAUCAGUGAAAAUAUUUCUGGCCCUGUGGCAAAUGAGGUUACUGAGGGAUCAGUGAUAAUCAAGUCUGAACCUCGAGUUGUGCCCACCAAAGAUCUUUUAGAUAGACCGGAUUCGCCAGAGACCCUAAGUGAUACAGAGACGUUUGAAGCAGAAUGUUCAGUAACAGCAGCGACUGACAGCUUCGUGGAGUUCAUGAGGGAGUGUCUUAAGUCACAGCAGGACGAGGAACCUGAGGUCCUCAGUCCCGGACACAAAGCUAUAGACCAGAAUCCCAAAUCUGAUGCUCCUGCUUCCACUCAAUCCUCUCCAGCUAUGAUCAUGGACUUGGAGCAGGAGCGCCUCACAAUUUCUGCUUUGAAAGAGCUUGGGAGCAGCCAAGAGGACGAAGACAAGGAUGUUCCCACUAUGAAGACUGUCCUAAAGCAUGAUAACGCUGCACUUCCUACACCUAGCCCUGAGACCUCAGUCACCUCAUCUUCUCACACUCUUCAAAACAAGUAUCAGCCCGAUGCCUUACUUCCCAAAGAGGUAGAGGCAAUCGACAUUUGGGUUGCAGAGGCCUACCACCUUGCAGAGCAUGUCUUGACAGCAAUACUAACCCAUCUUACAGUGAAUGACCUGGUGCACUGGCGGGACCCUAAGAAGUCAGGUGUGGUGUUUGGCGUGUCGCUGCUGUUGCUGCUUUCUCUGGCAGCGUUUAGCGUGAUCAGCGUGGUCUCCUACCUGCUACUGGCCCUGCUCUGUGUCACCAUCUCUUUCCGCAUCUACAAAUCUGUCAUCCAGGCUGUGCAGAAGUCCAACGAUGGACACCCCUUCAAUAAACUCACUACCCAGAUUGACCGUUACAUUGACAUUGCACGCACUCAAGUCAACACUACAAUUGCCAAGCUACAAGAGAAACUCCCAGGAGCCAUGAAGCGCUGUAAAGCAGAAUGAUCCUCCUCUCCGAUCCCUCGUUACCAUGUUUACCAUCCUUCUAUCUUUAGCCGCCUCCCCUUACACUAAGCCCCGCCCCUUUCCCUCUUUUCCCGUUUAACCCACACCUUAAAACAACCAUGAUCUGCACUGAACCAGCUAGUAUGUAAAAUCUAAAAAGCUUCUUGUUAUUCAAUGUUAACUCUGCAGCUUAUUAAUGAGCAUUCGGAAAAGAAGCUCGGUGCUCCAGGAGCUGGUGUUUUUCAACACAGGAAGUGAUUUAAUGCUACUGGAUGCCCAUUUUGAAGGCCAGUGCACGGAAGGAUUUGUGAACUAGACUGAACCUAUGACCUGGUUUUGAGUGUUGGGUUGGGUGGUGCUGUAGUAAUGAAUAAAGACAGGUGUUUGACUCAAAAGCAAAUGUCUAUACUUUAAAAAAAUGAAAAUUUCACUGAAAACCGCUGGCAAAAAAAAAAAAAAA